AUGAAUUAUUUCUGGACAACAGCAUCGCCGAGGUUGGUUACGGCCGAGUCAUACUGUUCAGAGGAGUAUGACCAAAAGUAUUGUUACAAACUCCCAACAUUCCAAGGCAAAUAUGACAGAACCAAGCAGGGCCUGGCAACGUGGCUAAAUAGCUUAGGAGUAGGGACCAAUAGGCUGAGCAAUCAAGCUGCGGGAUAUGUUAAGGGGUUUCUCAAGAGGGGGGGAGACAGAAGCCCUUUAGAGUGGCAGGAUAUAGUAGAUGAUAUAAUAAACUUCAUGGUAAAGAACAGUCGCAACAGGAACAACACGGAUGAGGAUAAGGGAUAUCUGGGCCUAGCGGAGACUCGACUGUGGGAGGCUUUCAUCCCAAGAGAAGACAGGACCCCCUGCAACAACAGAAGCGAUUGCCAAAAGCUCUUGACAUUGAUUGGUUGUGUGAUAUAUUGGUUUUGGGAACAGGGAACCGAUCUAAUUAGGAAGGAGGGCGUAGAAUGGCAAAGCUGCAAGAGACUAAAGAAAAAAUUUCUAGAUAACAACAAAGAACUACUGACAAUAGGAAAGGGAGGAUGGACCAGAAUUCAAAGGUCAGGGGAGGUUUGUCAGAGUGGGAACUCAUUUAGCCAAUGUAGCGUAGAGUCCCUGAGUAUAGUAUUAAGUGUAAGUCAUGCUCUGGCAAAUCUCUGUCCUGACUGUCCACAGCCUGGUCUAGACCAUAUAUUAGGGGACAGGAUUAUAUUUGAAGACUUCAAGUGUUUUAAAUGCAUUAGAAAGGAAGGCCAAGAGGGAUUAUGUCAGAGAGUCGACCAAUGUGAGGGGCAGACAGUGAACAAAGACGGCAUAUGUUUUUGUGAUCCCCACCAAGUUCAAGAUUUCCCCACCAAGAGGGAGGAAGAACGAAGCAUAUCUCAACAGGUCCCCCAAGUUUCGAUCAAGGACCAAUCCAACAACAGCCCAACGAGCGAAGGGCGUUCAGAAGUGAACCAGGCUCUAAGGCAGGCUCAGUCCCAAUCCCAAAUCUCCGGCGAAACCCAAAGGGAAAAACAGCCAGGAAAGGGAAACCACCUUUCCCAAUCACUAGAUGUCUUAGACCAAGAAACUAGCCGAAGAAAUUCUGGAGGUAUCGGACCAACAGCAAAUCUUUCAACCCAACAGGAUGACCGGUCUCAGCGAAAUUCCCUGGUAGGCGAAAGCAACUCAACCAUCCAGGGAAAUCAUCUCUCGGGACCUACAAACCAGGACAACAGCCCCCCCCAAACCGCACCAACCAGGGACCAACGGGCCCCCCCCCCCCACCGAAUAUCACAGGGGGAGUCUAACCAGGAACACGUUGGGGGGGCGGUCGCUGGGGGCAUAGUGAGCGUUAUAAUGUUCAUAGCGGCUAGCUACGGAUUAUAUCGGGUUUAUGGAAGAAGAAAUAGGGCAAAGAGGAGAGAUAAUGGAAGAGUCCUGGACAAAAAAAUCGUGUACUAUCGUGCGAUGGUUUAG